GUGAUUUUAGUGAAUGUCACUUUUUGUCAUUUUCAAAUUUCCCGCCGUUCCGUCCCCGUACAUCCCGACGCUCGCAGGGGACGGAACCCAGAUGACAGAUGCCGGCAUCUGCCGGAUUACAUUGCCGGGGACACUGCAGGAGGGACAUCGCGGGAGCGCAGGACAAGGUAAGUGAUCGAGGGAUCCCGGAGCAGCGUCGCAUGGUAAGCCCGAGUGUAGCUCGGGGGUUACCGCUUGUGGUGCUGAAACUUUACCCCGAGCUACACUCGGGAAUACCGCCAGGGAGGUUAAACAUGCAAAUAGUGCUCCAAACAUUUUUUAGGAUAACUAGAGAGUGCAAAAUCAGGUUCACUUCUGCAUAGAAACCAAUCAGCAUCCAGGUUUUAUUGCCAAAUCUUAAUUGAAAAAAUUGAGGUUAGACGCUGAUUGGUUUC